AUGAACCUUUGGCUCAAACUACUUUACUUUGUGGUUGCCACUGUGUUCUACAACCCUCCUCUUGCAGAAGCCUUUGGUUACGUGGCUGACAAUGACAGCUCCCAGUGCAUCGCUUAUAAAGCCGUGCCUGCGUGCUUUGGGCCACAACUCCUGGCAGAAGGGCUGACAGGGUAUUUGAUAAGGGUGAUACCACCAAAUGCUUGCCAUGCAAUAGAGAAUCCUCCAGCACCAAAGGCAGCCUCCGAGACGUAUAUUGCACUCAUACGGGGGUAUGACUGGUCUUUUGUUGAGAAAGUCCUUCAUGCUCAACAGGCUGGAUACCAAGCCGCUGUUGUGUACAAUGCGGAUUCAGAGGAACUGAUUACCGUGAUGGCUGAUGACAAAGAAAUCCAGCAGCUGAUCAAGAUACCAUCCCUCGUUACUGGACAAUCGGUCUCCCUCCACUUGCAAAGGGUUUUGCAGUGUGAGAAAGGGACAUGCAGACUUCUACCAGCCAAACAAUGUUCGGGUCCUUGUCAAGACAAUGCUAAAAUGCUGCAGGAAGCUUUCAGAAUGCAGAAUGUCAAGUAUUUCGGGUACAUAUUCUGUGUCAUUAUUGCCACUGUCUCAAUUAUGGUUGGCUUAAGCUGGUACAAGGCAAAGCUGCAUACUUACAAGCAGGGAGACAAAUACGAGAGCUGUGUGAUCUGCACGGCAGAGUACAAGGAAGGGGAACGCCUGAAGAUCCUGUCCUGUUCCCACUCUUACCACAGUGCCCGCACUGACAGCUGGUUCCGCACCCGGCCCCAGAAGACGCAAUGUCCCUUCUGCAAGCAGCUGGUGAGCACCUACGGGCAAGGUGACCUCCUGCCAGAGUGGGCUGGUGAAGAUGUGAACGAGGAGGGAGAGGACCAUGAAGACAAUGCAUUCAGAGAAGGGUACGAAGAUGAAUAUAUUGAAGAGGAGAAAGAUGAUGCAAGCACAGGGGAAGGGUUUGCUGCACUGGGGAACGGUAUCAUUUGA